CCUGAAUUUCCAAUUACUCUCUUAACUUUCAAUCGCACAGAAUUCAAGAUAUGAGAAGUCAAUGAUUAUGUCAUUCCCGGAAGGGAGAAUCGCGGAUGAACCGACAGUUUCGGUAUCCGUUAGAGAUCGAAAGAGAUUAAGAACACUCGGGGAGUCUGGCAAGAACAUGAUUAAAAACCCUGUUACCGAUUAUCAGAUCAAAUAUGUUCAUGCCUACUCAGCCGACAAAAAAAUAUCAAGUCCCGUAUGCAAAGACAGACAAAAUGAAACACAAAAGAGAGAAAAAGAGUGCAGAAAAGAAAGGAACAAGGAAUCUAAGAAAAGAGUUAAGAGAGAGGAGUAAGAAGAUUAGUUCCUGUUUAUUUUUGUCAUAGGAAAAUUUUAUAAUCAAACAUUUUUUAUUUUCACUUGACAUAUAGAAAGUUUCUACUAUUCUAUAUGUAUUUCUAUAAUCGUUGACUCGCAGAUAUAUUUUAUGUGCCUCGACGAUUUAAUUCGUUUCGUCUCAAAGAAAAUGACUCGCAAUUUUUUUAUCAACAUGCUACCAGUGACUAUUUUAUAAUUAUUAUAUAUAGGAAGACGAAAGUACGAAAUUGUGUAAAUAAAAUACUGUUUGGCAAAGUUUCCUUUGAUGAGCUCGCCGAAGCUCAGCAGCCUGGAAAAAUUCGAGCUGGAUUCCGGGGAAGAAUUACCGAAAGAGUUGGAGGUAAAAGACGAAGUAGUAUUGAAGUGCGGCAAAGAGUCAGAAGAAAGACCGAUAGAAGAAUCCGACGAGAAAUGCAAAGAGGUGAUGGAAAAAUCCAUACUGAAGGAGAGAUUAAUGGAAAAGUCAGAUGAUAAGAUGUCGUUGGAGAGAGUGAUGGAGAAAUCGAUGGAAGAUUUCAAACCUGAGAACACGGAGAAGCACCCCUUCGUUUUGAUUCGCAUCAGUCGCCAACCGCAAAUCCCUGCUACAGCUGAUCCGAACACCACGGUCCAAGUAGCCACCAAAGCACCGGUCAACUUCAAUAUCCAACCGAUAACAUCUGCGAACGCAAACAGCGUGAUCUUAAAAAAGCUUCCAGCUAUACUUCCGAGACACGGCGCGAAUCCCAAUAAAGCGGCUCCAGUAUUGUUAAUGAAAGACCAGCUCAGCUCACCGGUCAGCGGAUUUAUCGUUCCUCCGACAAACCUGAAUAAUAAUAACAAUAACAAAAAUAAUAAUAAUAAUAAUAAUAAUAAUAAUAAGAGUGUUUGGUCAAAGACGGCAACUACUUUCCCGCAGAUCUCGAAAGUGCCGGUGAUCCACCAGUCCGCUCAGAUUCAGAACAAGUUGGUGCCAGUGCGAGUGAUAGACAGCAAUGGUCAGAGUCAAGUGAAGAACGUACUGACGCCGGUCGUGAUGCCCAGCGCGCAGUUGGAAUCGAAUUUGCAGCAGGCGAGGAUUCAGAAGAUAUUCGGAGGGAUUAAAGGAAAAGGGAAACCGUUGGUCCCAAGUUCUCAGUCACCGUCGUUCACAGUGAAGUCUGAUAAACCGUUGAUACCGUGCACCGCUUCGAUGAAAGACAACGAGACGACAGAAAAGAAAGUGAUAAUACUGUUGACCGAAGAAGAAGUGAAGUACAUUGAGAGUAGCAGGAAAAGGAAAGAGCUGAGCAGAUUGGUCGAGGACGAGGACAUCGAGGAAAUCAGGCCGAUGAAGAUGGAGAAACAGGGAGAAGCAGAAGUGGCGCACGAGACCGAGACUCAAACGACGUCUGAGAUGGAAGAGGAGAAUGUUUUGUUGAAUUGCGAAUCGAGCGUGUGCCCGAUUUGUCAGAAGGAAUUGAAGACUGCCCAUCUGAUGCGAAGACACAUCCGGAGUAUACAUAAGAAGACUCUCAGCUGUGACAAGUGCGACAAAGUUUACUCGACCCGGCAGGGCUUGAUCGAACACCAAAAAGCGCACGAAGACGAUUUCUACCUGGAGUGCUCAAUCUGUCAUUUGCGUUAUAAACGAAAGGCCGGUCUCAGGCAUCAUCAGAUUCGUGUGCACAGCAACAUCGAGGCUAAAUACAUGUGCGACCACUGCGGCAAGCGUUUCAAACUGAAAGUGGAUCUUGGUUUGCACAUAGAGAAGAUCCACAUGUACUCCAGCCACAUCUGCAAGAUCUGUGGCAAGCUGGUGAAGGACGUAGCGAAUCACGAGUGGAGACACGAGAUGACGGCUACGAAGGCUAGCAGUCGUCGUUACCGUUGCACCCUUUGUCCGAAGAAAUUCUCCACGCGCAAUAAUCUCGACAAUCACCUGUUGCUGCACAGGGACGGUUUCAAGUGCAAUCACUGCGACGAGAUACACCAGUCGCAGAGCUCACUCGUACGGCACAAAGCCGCGAAGCACAGGACCACUGUGAUGACGUGCCCCGUUUGCGAGAGAUCGUUCAACAGCAGCAGCAAUCUUCAUCAACACGUACUAACUCACGCCGGGAUCAGACCGUACCGAUGCGACAUUUGCGACGAAGACUUCACGCAAAGGUCGAGCAUGUUGAGACACCGCAGGACUCACCCGGGGCCUCUCCCACCUUUCACGGAGAGCACACCGAUCGCUAAUAUCGCCAAACACGUUCUCGAGAAACUCCGAAAUGAAACGAAGCAAAAUUCCGAUACGGAGUAAUGUGAAAACGUGUGUUCGAAAAGUGUCAAUGCACUGGAGUAUGUAACAUUCCAAGGGAUAUGAAAUAUUGAACGUCGUCCGCCGUACGUUCCGGCGUCUAACACGUUUGUUAUGUUACUCUUGAUCGACGCUGACACUAUUAAUUGAUUAUAUUAAAAGUGUUUGAGAGUAG